UUCGAAUUUACUGACUUCUGUCUGACUCUUGGGCCAGCACAAUGCUUCUGCUGUUCAAAGAAAACCAGUCCAAAUUACCUAAGCGAGAGCUUUUUCAUGGUGAAAGGCGCAGCCCUUUUCUUACAGCAAGGAAACAGCUCCCAGGGCCAGCGAAGUCUCCAGCAUCCUCACAAACAUGCAGGUGAUUUGCCCCAGCACCUCCAGGUGAUGAUCAACCUCCUUCGCUGUGAGGAUAGGAUCAAACUGGCGGUCCGUUUGGAAAGUGUGUGGACAGACCGAGUGCGGUACAUGGUAGUUGUAUACAGCAGCGGACGACAGGACACAGAAGAGAAUAUUCUGCUGGGUGUGGAUUUCUCCAGCAAGGAGAGUAAAAGCUGCACUAUAGGAAUGGUUCUUCGUCUGUGGAGCGAUACUAAAAUCCAUCUUGAUGGUGAUGGUGGCUUCAGCGUGAGCACUGCAGGGAGGAUGCACAUCUUCAAGCCAGUGUCGGUGCAAGCCAUGUGGUCUGCUCUACAGAUCCUCCAUAAAGCCUGCGAGGUCGCAAGAAGGUACAACUACUUCCCGGGUGGGAUGGCCUUGGUCUGGGCCACGUACUACGAAAGCUGCAUCAGCUCCGACCAGAGCUGCAUCAACGAGUGGAACGCGAUGCAGGACCUGGAGUCCACCCGCCCCGACUCUCCAGCCCUGUUUGUUGACAAGCCAACUGAAAGGGAACGAACAGAACGGCUCAUUAAAGCCAAACUUCGGAGCAUCAUGAUGAGCAAAGACUUGGAAAAUGUGACUUCGAAGGAGAUACGGAAUGAGCUGGAGAAGCACAUGAAUUGCAACUUGAAGGAAUUCAAGGAAUUUAUAGACAAUGAAAUGCUGCUUAUCCUGGGUCAGAUGGACAAACCGUCUCUGAUUUUUGAUCAUUUAUACCUGGGGUCCGAGUGGAACGCCUCCAACCUCGAGGAGCUGCAGGGCUCGGGCAUCGACUACAUCUUGAACGUGACCAGGGAAAUCGAUAAUUUUUUCCCCGGUUUGUUCGCGUAUCACAAUAUCCGAGUGUACGACGAGGAGACCACGGACCUCCUGGCUCACUGGAACGAGGCCUACCACUUCAUAAACAAGGCCAAGAAGAAUCACUCCAAGUGCCUGGUGCACUGCAAAAUGGGUGUGAGCCGGUCAGCCUCGACGGUGAUCGCUUAUGCCAUGAAGGAAUUUGGCUGGUCGCUGGAAAAGGCCUAUAAUUACGUGAAGCAAAAACGCAGCAUCGCGAGACCGAACGCAGGCUUCAUGAGACAGCUUUUGGAAUAUGAAGGCAUUUUGGAUGCGAGCAAGCAGCGCCACAAUAAGCUGUGGAAGCAGCAGGCGGAGAGCAACCUACCCCAGCACACCGACGGCACCACGGGCUCGAGCGACUUCUUGCUCGAGAGCUUGGACAUCGACCUAGAAAACCGCCUGGCCGACCUGGACACGCCUUCGCAGUCGGCGUACCUGGACAACCGCGCCGGCACGGAGGUGUCCGUGGGGUUUAACUACUGCUUCCGUCGCCUCUCGGACACGCUGCUGGAGAACAAGAUUCCCGGUGACAGGGAGGGCUUUUUCCAUGUGGAGGAGCUGGAGCGGGACGCGCUUGCGGAGCGCGCUGUCUCACUGGUGGGACAGCCGCCGUCUGCACCUUCGGAGGGGAGGCUGCUGGAGACGGCAAAAGCCCUGGAGACAGCAGAGCCACUGGCAGAGCUGAGCGGUUUCUGCGAGAAGGAGGUGAAGAAGAAACUGGACUUCAGUCCCCGGAAGGGAAGGAUAGUGCUGGGCCCCGGGGACCCAGGGGAGGACAGUGUGAGGGAGGAAAAUCCGAUGGAGAAGUGGAAGCGGCGUUUGUCGGUGCACAAGGAGGAGAGCAGGCUUAAUAGAGAGAACUUGAAUAACAACAACAGCAAAAGGAGUUGCCCAGAGGAUUUUGAGCACGAUGCCGUGUUUGGGAUCCUCAGUAAGGUCAAGCCUUCCUAUCAGUCUUGCGCCGACUGCAUGUAUUCCUCGGCCGGUUUGUCUCCUGACCCCUUUGGGGAGCAGUGCGAAAAGCUGAACGCCAGCGCGGCGCGGCGCACCGCCACCAUCUGCACGCAGCCGGCCCUCCUCUCCCACAUCCAUUCUGGCCUGGCGGACCACCUGCCCAGCAAGGCACCCUCGGAGGAAGCCAUCAGAACUAAAAACGACGAGGCUCCGCUUCCCCUGUCGGCAGGAACGGGUGCUUUGGAGGCUGGCACUUGCAAAUCACUCGAUCCACACUGCAGCACCGUUUUGCUGGAGAAAGGAAAAGAUGCACCAAAAACCCCGGUCAAAACUCGGCUGCUCAGGAGAAACUCGCACUGUGACAAGAGCUUCCUUAAUGCAGAAGUGGUAAAAGAAGAGUCUCUAGCCAGAAAAGAUGGCAGACCUACCAAGGAUCUGAAGUACUUGCUGUUCGGCAAAGACUUGGAAAAGCCAAGUGCCAACAGCUACUUGAUGCAGCAUCAGGAGUCUCUGAUUCAGCUGCAGAAGGCGGGCUUGGUUAGGAAGCACACCAAAGAGCUGGAGCGGUUGAGGAGCCUGCCCUCGGUCGCCUCGUCGCUGCUCAGAGAGAACCCCCUGAGCAGAGUUGACUCCAGCAUCGUGGAGGAAAGCGAGGCUUUGAUUUCCCAUCACGGCCUCGUACCGCUUCUGGGCCCAGCCCCCUUGAUACCCGAAGGUGCAGAAAACGAGGUGGAGAAGUUAGAGGUGAAAUGCGUCUUGGAGGGGAUCUCUCAGAAAACCUCCACGCCUGUCGUGUGUCGGUUGGAGCACACGAGCAGCUUCACCAAGGACUUCCUCAAGACCAUCUGCUACACUCCCUCCUCCUCCCGGAGCUCCAACCUGACGCGCAGCUCCAGCAGCGACAGUAUCCACAGCGUGCGGGGCAAGCCCGGCCUGGUGAAGCAGCGGACUCAGGAAAUUGAGACCAGGUUGCGGCUGGCUGGCUUGACUGUGUCCUCUCCUCUGAAAAGGUCCAAUUCCCUCGCCAAGCUCGGAUGUCUUAACUUGUCCUCUGAGGACUUAUCAAGCGACAUGGAUGUGUCGACCGUCACGGACUCAAAAGAGGCCGUUUCAAGUGAGUCUUCCGUGCUCUGUGAGCCACAAUCCACACUGAGGAGCGCAGGCGGCACCUCUGCACUGGCGGCGAAGUCAGCGGCCGGGAACUUGAAGAACACGCUUUGGCUGGGCAAAAGUUGA